GGCUGCAAAUUUAGAACAAAAGCUAUCACAAAAUGACUCACGGAGUAAGGAUGUUGGAGAGACCAAACAGAUAGAUACAUUCAUUCCAAAAGAACAAUCUUUGGCUAAUAUCAGCGCAGAUGACUUGGCAAGAAUUCAAGUUUAUGAUGAAAUUUGUGAUUGUCUUUCUGGUGUCUCAUGUGAGAAUUUCUGCAAGCAAAUUCAAAAAGCUUGUAAGAUUUAUAAAUUAUUUAACGGUUUAGGAAAGAAUAAGAUUAAACAGGUUAAAUCUUAUAGUGCAAAUAGAAUAUUAAAACUCUCUAACUCGCAAAUUCAAUAUAUUAUAGAACAUUUUACCAAUGAAUCCCAAAAUAGUAAGGAUACUUUUACUUCUAACAAGGUGGAAUGUGUAUUGUGUGACCUCAGAUCUCACCCUUAUAUGACUAAAUCAUCUAACUCAAAUGAUUUAGCAGAAAGGAAGGUAAGUGCAUCAUCUAUAUUUCCAUCUAAUCCAACUCGUGAUCAUGUUUAUUUUCAUAAUAAAAUAUUAAAGCAAUAUCCUAAUUUAUGCCAAGAAAAAGGCAGAUAUAAAAUUAGAUCUUAUAAUCUUAAAUGUGAACAGCGUAGAAUUGAAAUUGAG